AUGGAAGAGGCUGUUUGCAUUAAAAAUGAAGAAAAAAAUAUCGAUAUAAAGCAGGAGAAUUUGGAUAGCUAUAAAUACGAUUUUGAUUCAGGAAGUCAAGACAGCAGCAAAAGUGAUAGCGGUAGUUAUCAACGAUGGGCACCCAAUUUGAAUGGAAUUCGAAAAAGUGCAUUUACACCUUAUAAGUCUGUUCAAUGUACUGCUUUGACUAAUUUACAGCGAGGUAAUACGCAGGCGCGAGUCCCUGAAUUGCCCCAGCCAGAUUGCAGCCUACACGCGAAGGCUGGUCGUGGAGAAAUAACUCGGGACGAUUUGAAACUGGAGCAGUAUGUUGACAUCACUGAUGAGCAUGGCCUCACGGCUUUACAUUGGGCAGCUAGCUAUGGACAGCUAAACAGCUGCCAAGACCUUGUUUGGAGUGGUGCCAAUGUAAAUAUGAGAGGCCCUGAAGGUGAGACAGCAUUACACCUGGCUGCAGCAGGAGGUCAUCAUGAAGUUGUAAAAUUUCUUUUAAAUGAAGGAGCAGAUGCUGAUAUUCAAGAUGAUUCAGGUAGUACAGCUCUGAUGUAUGCUGCUGCAGCAGAUUUCCCCUAUACUUGCAAUGAACUACUUAUACGUGGAGCUGACCUCACACUCACCAAUGAUUAUGACCAAGAUGCUUAUACAUUGACCACAACAAACAAUUGUAAAUUGGCGCAAACUGUGAUAGAAAAUUUCUUGAUCGGCUGCCUAAGCAAAAUGUGA